AUGAGCACCAUAUUCCGAAUCAUUGAUGUCAACCCCGACCCGAGCGGAGGCUACGAGCCUACUUUGAAGUCGGACCUCCUUAGCCAUGCGGCAUUCCAUACUCACGCGAGAAGGAGACGACGAGAGGAGAAGAAGAAACAAACCAUUUCAGGUACUUCAGGUGACGAUGGUGACGGUGCGACAGAACUGUCUGCGGUGCGCCAUACAUAUUCUCUCUCGACUCAGAUAUCAAUGCUGAGUGAUCGGAUUCAAAGCAUGCUUUGA